AUGAACUACAGAAAUUACGAGUGUUUUGUUGCUGAGUUCAUGGCAUCACUGAUCUUUAGUAUCGUAGCCAACUUUGCCAUUGUGACAAAUGUGGCAAAUGCAGCAGUGGCAAUUGCACUUGCCAAAAUGAGCAUCGGAUACUCAUUCGAGCACCUAACACUCAGGCACGUGAAUCCAGCCGUGACGGUGGCAUGCGCCCUGAUUGGUCUCCUCCACUUCAAAUCAGCAUUUGUUUUCAUAAUAUUUCAAAUCAUUGGAUUCAUCUGUGGAAGUGGAAUAACAAGGCUGCUUUUUGGAAAGGAGUAUCUGAGGGUCUACGAGACAACACAGCCAACAAGCAGCGUCAGAAUCAUCGCAUUGGAAUUCGGUGUAUCGUUCUUGCUUGCUUUGGUCGUGAUAGAAAACCUGGUUUAUGCAAAGGGGCUAAUUCAGUACAACAGAAUGGGGACUACUAAAUCAUACAGACGCAACAAACACGCUCUACCAUUCUCAAUAGGCGCAAUAACUGGGACUGGCUCAUUCAUCUCGUCCCGUGCUGAGGGAGGCUCCUUCAAUCCCGCAUUCAUUUUUGCUACAUUUCUGGUCACCAAUAAGUACAGCUUCUUCUGGGAGUACAUGGUGGGCGACUUCCUUGGAUCAGCAGCUGGUGCAUUGGUUGUCAGACACCUUCUACAUUAG